GUUUUUGCCGUUAGUUUUGUUUCGAUUUUCAACAAAAUAUGUUUGGAAAAUUUUUAACGUGCAGUUUUAUUUUAUCAGUUUUGAUAACAAGUGGAUGGUGUGGCUGUGAUCGAGAUAGAGAUGUUAGAUUUCAGAAUCCUAUUUAUAUGAAUUUUGGAGCUGGAUUCUUUUAUAUGCAGGGAUUGACUAAUGGUCAAGGUGUUGUGAUGUACAAACAUCCCGAUGAUACGAGAAUCUUCGGUCAGUACACUUUCAAGGAUGAAAGGUGUCGUUACGAAACUGUUUAUUAUUACCUCUUAAAUGGAAAAUUCGAAUUCACAAACCCUUACAUAACGGAUGAAAGAAAUUUCAACGUAACAAACAAAAUCAAUUUCGUUCAGAAUGGAUUAGGCUACGAGAUUGAAUACAACAUUAAUCCAAAAGGUCUGGGAAUCUUUCAUAAUCUUGGUGCUACUGCUGAACGCAGAAUUCUUCCGGCUCCUGCAAUCAAAGACGUUCCUGCAAUCAGACCACCUCGUGAAAUUAAAAUUAAUUUUAACAAUAUUGGCAAACAAAAUUUGAAAGUGAGCUUUAUGAAGACUGGUGAAAAUUACAUUCAAUUUGUUACAAAACGAAGCGGAUUUCAAUCUCUCGAGGGACAAUACACUUUGAAAACAUCCGACAAAAGAUAUCACAGUAUAACUUAUGAAAUUCCGCUUGAUAAUGACUAUAUCGAAAUGCUUAUUCGUGAAUAUGAAAUAUCAACACCGGAAAAUUUCUACAAGACUGGAACUCUUGGACUUAUUGUGAAUGGAAAUCCAAUGGAUGUUAAAUAUUAUGUCAACAAAAGCGGAUUUCAUGUAACGGAUGUUAAGCAACCUACAGGAUCUUUAAUUUUCGAUCUUCUCCGACCAAAUACUCAGAGCAGACCAGCCCCGGUUAGUCGACCAGCAGCAGCAGGUUCAAGUCGUCCUGUUAGAAAUCGACCAGCGCCAGUUGUCCCUCGUGUCUUAAAUCCUUCGUUCAGUAGACCAGAUCUCCUAACAGGAAAUCGUUCGAUUCAACCAGGAAGAAAGUGAGAAUUUAAUUAUUAAUCAUUACAUUUAGUCAUUGAAGAAUCAAUAAAUCAAAUCAUUUGUAUUAAAGCAAAA